ACUAAGGGGCUUCAGACUUGGGGAGGGGGUGUCUCCUGUCUCCCGUCCCCGGCCCGGACCUUGGGCUGUCUCCUCUUUGUGCCGAGAUUGCCUGUCCGAGCGGUCCGAGCUGGGUGGGAAUGGCCGGCUAUGUCAGGGCUCCCUGAGAGCAGAGACUCGGGCAUAGGACUGGCAGGAUCGGAUGAGCGGACCCGUGGAGAGGGUACUCGGCACGCCACGGUCUCGGGCUCCGCGGGUGGGAGAAGCAGGUGGUGGUGACGGGACCGGGUGGGGUGGACGCCAGGGUUCUGGGAACGUGCUGGCAGCCCAGACACCCGGGUUCAGAAAGUCCCCAAGGGAGGGUAUUUCCCCCGAGCUGCCUGGGGGCGGAGUGCAGGGUGGCGGCUGGGGGGCCGGAGAGGCGUGGCCGGAGCCGAGCUGGGAGGGGAGCCGGGACCUCUGAGACCGCUGAGACGCGCCCGGCGGCUCCCGCGGAGCUCCAUUUACCCUCUGCCCCCUGAUUCCCCUGCUCCCCUAGACCUCUCCACUCCCCGCCCCUCCUCACCGCCCCGACACCCCCUCAAGUCCCACCACCCCCUCUCGGGCGGGAUUCCCUGAUCUCCCUUCCCACUCUAACCGCCUCGGGGUAACGGUGGGGAAGCCUCGCCUGAACCCUAACACCCCCCACCACCACCACCUCCCCGUCUCCCUCUCUCUCCUCUCAUUCCGACUUUUUCCGCUCUUCUCUUCUCUCACAUCCUCGGGACUGUCUCUGAUACCAUUAACCCUGCGCUGCCAAAUCUGAAUCCCGCCGCUUUGCCCUGAAUCUCUAUUCUUCCUCUCAGGGCCACGACCCCACCCCCACUUGGCCCACAGCUUUUUCACUUUUGUUUUGUCCUUUCUUUGCCCUCCAUCUUCUCACUCUUUCCCUCUAUCUUUACCCUCAGCUCCUGUGCCUAUCUCUGUGUCCCACCUCUACCCCCUCUACUUCCUCUCCCCCCACCCCCAGUUUCACCUCUGGGCCUCUGGAGCCUCUCUUUCCUGUUCUCUGGCCCCAGCACUCCCUACCCUCACCUCAGCGCGACCAUGGCCACCAUCCCAGACUGGAAGCUACAGCUGCUAGCCCGCCGACGGCAGGAGGAGGCAGCCCUUCGUGGCCGGGAGAAGGCAGAGCGGGAGCGUCUGUCCCAGAUGCCAGCCUGGAAGCGGGGACUCCUGGAGCGUCGCCGAGCCAAGCUUGGUCUGUCUCCUGGAGAACCUAGCCCUGCACCUGGGACUACAGAGGCUGGACCUCCAGACUCAGAUGAGUCGGCUGUCCUCCUGGAGGCCAUUGGGCCAGUGCACCAGAACCGAUUCAUUCGGCAGGAGCGCCAGCAGCAGCAGCAACAGCAGCGGAAUGAAGAGUUACUUGCAGAGAGAAGGCCUGGGCCUUUGGAGGCCCGAGAUCGGAGACCGAGCCCUGGGGAGAUGCGGGAUCAGAGCCCCAAGGGAAGAGAGUCAAAAGAAGAGCGGCUCAGUCCCAGGGAGGCCAGAGAGAGGAGGCUGGGGAUAGGGGGAGCCCGAGAGUUGAGCCCCAGGCCUUUAGAGGCUUGGGACUGGAGGCAGAGCCCUGGAGAGGCUGGAGACAGGAGCUGCAGACUGUCAGAGGCCCGGAAAUGGAGGCUGAGCCCCGGAGAAACUCCAGAGUGGAGUCUGAGUCUGGCAGAGCCUGGAGAACAAAGCCCCAGGAGAAAAGAGGUGGUGGAAAGUAGACUGAGCCCUGCAGAGUCUGACAACCAGAAGUUGGGGCUGACGGAGUCGCAUAAAUGGAGGCCUGACUCUGGAGAGUCUCAGGAACAGAGUUUGGUACAACUGGAGGCAUCAGAGUGGAGGCUGAGCUCAGAAGAAGAAAGGAAAAACUGUUUGGAGGAAUGCGGGAGAAAAGAAGAGAGACCAGUUCCAAGGCUGGCCUCAGAAGAGAUUACAGAGCUGUCAGAGACCCUGACAAGGGAGGCUCCAGACAGCAGCUCCAGAGAAGUGGAGGCAGGAGAGCAAAGGCCCACCCCUUUGGAGGAUGGUGAGAGGGGCCUGAGGCUGACAGAAGGAUGGAAAUGGACCCUGAACUCUGGCAAGGCUCGAGAAUGGACACCCAGGGACACAGAGGCUCAGACUCAGAAACCAGUCCCCCCCGAGUCUGCUGAGAAGUAUUUGGGGCCUCUUGGUACUGAGGCUGGAGAAGGGGAGGCUGAGAAGGAGAAGGCGGGGGCUCAGGGCAGGCCUCUGAGAACCCUGCAGAACUACAGCUCUGUGCCCUCCCCCUUCCCACCAGAGGACGCUGGGACUGGAGACUCUAGAAGGCAGGAAGAGGAAGCAGUGGCUCUCCGGCCCCCACCAGCAGCCCCUCUGUCUCCCCCACCCCCAGCCCCACCUGCCCCCCAGCCCCCUGGGGAUCCCCUCAUGAACCGUCUGUUCUAUGGGGUGAAGGCAGGGCCAGGGGUGGGGGCCCCUCGCCGCAGUGGACACACCUUCACAGUCAACCCCCGGCGGUCCGUACCCCCUGCAGCCCCCACCACUCCUGCCACCCCAGCCACAGCUGAUGCGGCAGUCCCUGGAGCUGGGAAGAAGCGGUACCCGACUGCUGAGGAGAUCUUGGUUCUGGGGGGCUACCUCCGCCUCAGCCGCAGCUGCCUUGUCAAGGGGUCCCCUGAAAGGCAUCACAAACAGCUCAAGAUCUCCUUCAGCGAGACAGCAUUGGAGACCACGUACCAAUACCCCUCCGAGAGUUCGGUGCUGGAGGAGCUGGGCCCGGAGCCUGAGACUCCCAGUGCUUCCAGCCCCCCAGCGGCACAACCCGACGACGAGGAGGAUGAGGAGGAGCUGCUGCUGCUCCAGCGGGAGCUCCAGGGCGGGCUGCGCACCAAGGCCCUGAUCGUGGAUGAGUCCUGUCGGAGGUGACCUUCUUUCAACUGGAAGGAACUGAAGAUCCUGGAGCCCAGAAGACUGAGAAUAGAGAGACCCUGAAAAUGAGCUUGGCAGGGAAGGGCAACUGACAUCUUCCAACUUGCUUUCCUCAUCCUGUUUUUGGGGGCAGAGCUAGUCUCCCAGUUUCCACCCUCACCAAAGGUCCCUGGUUUGAGUGUGUCAGAUGUGCUGAUGGCAUCCUAGAUGAUUCAAACGUGAGCAUCAAGUCCUGAGGAGGAUCAUAGCACUCACUGGGGCUGGAGGUGGAGUACCUCCUCCACCUCCAUGGGUGGGUUAUCCUCUCCCUUCAGCUUCCUUGACUCCCAACCAUACCCUGGGGGCUCAUAGGAUUUAAGCACUCAUCCUGGGCAGCCUGCCUCCACUCCAUUUACAAGCCCCUCUCCUUCCUAUUCUGUAGGCCACUGCCCCUUUGUUUAUACCUCCUGCCUCCUCUCUUGACCACCAGCCUGGUUUACAAACCCCAUUAGCUGCCUGCCCCACCUGUCAAAGUCCCAGGUUUACAACCACACCUACUUAUUGAGUCCAUGUGGAACCCUCUCCCUUGUCCCUGGCGCUUGCCUCAUUGGGGGUGUGGCUUCCUCCACUUUUGCUCAGUAUUACUGUACCUCAGUUUUCCCCAAGAAGGAAGGCUGGGGAUCUUAGCCCUGUACCCCCCAUCUAAUUAUUUAAUUCUGUUCCUUCCAGUGGUCCACAACUGAAUUGAAUUGCAAGGGUGAGGGAUGACUAAUAAGGCACCUCUUCCCCAUUUCUCCUUCCUUAUCAACUGCCUGUUUUGUUUGUUUGUUUUUUAAGUUUUCCUUAAUAAAAUGGAGUUCUCUCCAA